CUGUAAACAUUAAAAUACUUGCUGUUUCAAAAGUAUAGCAACAAGACAUAAACAGUAUGUGUAAUAACACGAAAACCUCUCACUAACCUUUUCUGUGUAAAGUUAUAGCCAAUUUGACAAAUUUGCUACCCAUGUAAUUUAACACUAGCUCAAAUAAUCAACACGUUUAUGCAUAAUAAUUUAUUCAAGUGCUUUCAUAAACAUUUUAAAUUCUUAUUUCUGCCUUUAAGCCAAAAAUUGUCCCCAUUCACUUUCAUUGUAAGUGUUUGUUACCUCGAUUUUUACUCUUUUGAUGAAAAGAAGGGACGAUUUGAAAUCAGUGUUUAUGGAUUUUAAACAUUUUGCCCCAAUUACUAUCGAUUGAUCUUCAGUUGUUUUGCCAGAACCCAGAAUAUAUUUUAAAAGGGCAGUUAAAAGACAACUUCCUGUGAAAAAAUAUGUUUUACACCGGUAGCACACCAGUUUACAAAACAAAUUGACUGUUUGAGCCCUUGGUUUGUGAUUUAGUCAGUUUGACUCAUAGAUAAUCCAGUGAGCAGCUUGUAGCACUGUGGACAUGUUAUGCCACUGAUUCUUACACAGAGAGUUACUGAACAAAUCUGGGCAGUAAACAACUUUGCUAGUUCUUUAUUUCAACAAAAACAUGAAUGACACAUACAGCUAUCAUAUUACUUCCAUGUGGGUAACACUUCUUCUUUUUCAGUAAACCAUACGUUUGGACAUCAGUACGCAGCUUCCUCUUCCUACCUCACUAUUAGGUCUGCUGACUUUGAAAAGGCAGUAUUUUAGAGCCACACUUACACAUCCUUGUAAUCGGUGCUGAGAUCAACAUGGCAGCAGAGGGGAGUCUUGUUAGCGGUGGCGUGACGUUGCUCCAUACUGAGAGUGAAGGGAAACACUCCUAUGAAGUGAAGAACUUUUUAAACUAUAACAAUGGAAUUUUUGUAAGAAAUGGAGAUACAGUCCUGAUGCUAAAUGGGAAAGACACUGAGGGUUUAUGUCCAGAUGAAGUUGCAGAGAUUCUGUCUGAAGGAUCCCCCCUACUGACUAUCCAUCAUCCCUGCAAGGUACAAACAGAGUGUACAUCUGAGGAGAUCAGAGUGUACAAAAAGGAGCCGACAGUCAUAAGUUUCAGCCUGAUGAUGGUAAAAGAGGAAGAUCUGGGGACAGGUGGCCACCAGGAAACACCACAUCCAGAAGAAGAGUUGGAAGAUACGGACAUCAAGGAUGACUGUUUCAGUGAUGAAGAAUUUCUUCUUGUCUCAUUUGGUGACACAAGCUUCUCCAUGGUGGUUUCUCGGGGCUCGGAUGCUGACAACCCUUGCCACAACUGUGGAGAAACAGAUUGCCAAUUUAACGAAGUUGUUGUCAUGCCUGAGACAGCUGAGAUUGCCUUUAAUCGUUCACGGAUUGUGAGAAUGAUGAAAGAACGGAGUAAUCUGUUCCUGAAGAGUUACAUCAAGGGCAAGUAUGUCACCCCAUCAAGGGAGCAGAUAUUUUUGAAGGACACCAUGUCAGCACCAAUCACCAUCUACUAUUAUAUGGUUAACAUUCUGGACAGCAAUGCGGGUGUUCCUGUUGUGCUGAACUUCACUGGCACCAACAACUUUUUCCGCUGCACUACCGAGCAAGAUAAGAAGACUUUAAAAGUCGAGAGUUAUACUAAAAGCGAGCUGAAAAACAUCUGUGCCGAUGACCCAGAAAAAUGGUCCUUUGUAUUCUACAUGACUUCAGAGAAAGACAGUCUCCGUCGUUUCGAGUCAGCACUCCACAGAGGAUGGUUUAUUCACAUCCAAAAUGUCUGUGACAGUAAUGAAGUAGACAUGGAUGAAAGAGAGAAUGAUAAAUCCAACAUGUUCUUUAUUAUAAUUGAGAGUAAGACCAUAAAUUAAGGGUCAGAAAUCUUAUCAACAUGUCUUUAACACUCUUGGGUCUGAAUGGAGGAGUCAGGAGACAACGAAGCAGUGUAGGCAAGACUUUUUAUUUCUCUGCCUCACGUUUCUUACUACAGUCUGUUCACGUAGAUUCGAUUACAUAACUAAAUAAAUGGUUUACACACUGAGUCCGAUCCUAACUCAGCAAGUGUUGUGUUUGUGUUCUCUCUCUCCCCCUCUGGGUACUCUGCGUUCCUUUUAUGUCUCUCUCCGCAUCACUAUAACAAGACACAGGUGUUAUUGUUGAUUAUAAACCAGGUGACAAGCCUUACCGCUCUCUCUCUCUCCCGCAGACCGACACACGACCACGCCCCCACGCCUCAAUGUCAUAGUGACAAGAAAAGUUUUUGUGUAAACAAAAGAAAAAUAACUCAAUUUAAAGUAGCAAAGCUUUUUUCAGAACUCAAAUCUUGGAUCAGUCCAAUAGUAAGAGUACUGCAUUGUUUUAAACUGUCAAUAUUUUUAAUUCUAAGAUUUUCAAACAGGACACUUGGCAGAAUUUGUUCUCAAAUACAGCAUUACAUUUUAAACCCAACCCUAACCCUAAUGAACUGACCUCACUGUUUGAUUCAAUCUGGCAUGACCAACCCAGGUGUAACCCUAGUGUGUCAUUAAAAGAUAUGAGUUCUUUGAGACAACUUAAUGAGAAGCAAAUUGGUCAUAUUUAUCUGUUAAGAGAAUUUUCUGUAAACUGUUAAGAGGCAUUGGUUAAUGUUGCCUUGCCACUUCCUCAUAAACUUUGAAGGCAGAAUAUAGUUGGAGAAAUUUGUUUUAGUUCAGUCUAAAGAUGCAGAGCCUCUUCCAAAGAAUUUAGUGUUUUACUGCCAUUGCAGUAGUGAGUAGAUGUGUAUCAUACAAUUAGCUGACAUGUUUUUACCCCGUUAUUCAUAUGCAUGUGUGUGCACGAGUGUCAUCUUCUGUUAUGUUUUGUUUUUUUAUGUUGAGGUACUUUAAAACUGAUAUAUUUGAAACAACACAUGUAAUUCUAAUAUAUUUUAUUGCUUAAUGCCUGAGAUUUUUUUGUGCUGGAACUGGUUAUUAUUUAUUAGUUUUUCAUAUUUAUAUUAUUGACCAACAUUUUCAUUUGACUGUAUAAGCUAAAAGAUACUAAUGACUUGAA